UUCCCGCCCAAACCACCCACAGAGUCAAUUAGAAAAUAAAUAAAUGAAUAAAUAAUAAAAUUUCAAUGUUUACUUUAAGUGCUCCACUCGUGUGAUAAAAAUUUCAGGCUAAUUUUCUCUUCUCUACUUUACUUUGCUUUGCUUUGCUCUGUUCUCCUUUUCGACGGUUCCGAUUCUUUCCCGUUUCUCGCUGGAAGUUGAAGCUCUUUCACUGUAUGUCAUGUUCAUUAUUUUUUUGGUGUAAAGACUUUUAGGGUAUGAAAAUGGGGGCCGAGAAUGGAAAGGAAAAUGACGCUUCCGCUGAAUCACCGACUUCAGUUCUUGAAGACGAGGAGAAGUGCGAAGAGGAAAUCAUCAAGUUGGAGGAGGAAACAGUUCUAGAUGCCAAAAAUGGAGAUACCUCUCUUUUAUCAGAGGCUAUGGUCAAGGAGGAAGAAAAGCUAAUGGAUGCUCGGUUGAAAGAGGAGACAAAACUAGAGGAGCCUGAACAGGCAGUGCACUUGAAUGACACUCAGUUUACUAGAUUGGAUGAGCUUUUAACCCAAACCCAGAUGUACUCAGAGUUUUUGCUUGAAAAGAUGGAGGACAUCACAUUUAAUGUACCCGAGCCUGAAGCUGCUCAGACAAAGAGAGGUCGAGGUUCAAAAAGAAGAGCUGCUAACCAGUACAACAAUAGGAAGGCCAAGAGGGCAGUUGCAGCGAUGCUUACAAGAUCUAAAGAGAGAGAGGCUGAGAAAACUGAAGAUGCAAACCUGACUGAGGAAGAAAAAAUUGAGAAAGAGCAGAGAGAACUUGUACCAUUGUUGACUGGUGGAAAAUUGAAGUCUUACCAGCUCAAAGGUCUGAAGUGGUUGAUCUCCUUAUGGCAGAAUGGGCUGAAUGGGAUCCUUGCUGAUCAGAUGGGUCUUGGAAAGACAAUUCAAACUAUUGCUUUUCUUGCACAUUUGAAAGGAAAUGGGAUGGAUGGACCCUAUUUGAUUAUUGCUCCUCUCUCUACUCUUUCUAAUUGGAUAAAUGAGAUUGCAAGGUUUGUGCCCUCAAUGGAUGCAAUUAUUUAUCAUGGAAGCAAGAAGGAAAGGGAUGAGAUUUGUCGGAAGCACAUGCCUAAAGGAAUUGGCCCCAGGUUUCCAAUAGUUGUUACUUCUUAUGAGAUGGCAAUGAGUGAUGCAAGGAAAUGUUUGAGGCAUUAUGAGUGGAAAUAUGUUGUGGUUGAUGAGGGGCACAGAUUGAAAAACUUCAACUGCAAACUAGUGAAGGAGUUAAAACACUUGCAUGUUGGCAACAAGCUCCUCUUAACUGGAACACCUCUGCAGAACAAUUUGGCGGAGCUAUGGUCAUUGUUGAAUUUCAUUUUGCCUGAUAUUUUUCAGUCUCAUGACGAAUUUGAGUCAUGGUUUGAUUUUUCGGGAAAAAUUAAUGGUGAAAUAUCAAAGGAAGAAAUGGAAGAGAAGAGAAGAGCUCAAGUGGUAGCUAAACUCCAUGCUAUAUUGCGCCCCUUUCUUCUUCGAAGAAUGAAGGCCGAUGUUGAGCAUAUGCUCCCACGGAAAAAAGAGAUCAUAUUAUAUGCUACCUUGACAGAGUAUCAAAGGAAUUUCCAGGAUCAUUUGCUCAAUAAAACUUUGGAAGCCUAUCUACAAGAGAAGGUUGACACAGGACGUGGUAUGAAAGGGAAGCUCAACAAUUUGAUGAUUCAGCUUAGGAAGAAUUGUAACCAUCCUGAUCUCCUGGAGUCUGCCUAUGAUGGAUCAUAUUUCUAUCCACCUGUAGAGCAGAUCGUUGAACAGUGUGGAAAAUUUCAAUUGCUUGACAGGUUGCUGACUCGGUUAUUUGAGCGCAAACACAAAGUUCUCAUCUUCAGCCAGUGGACUAAGGUUCUGGACAUAAUGGAUUACUAUUUUAGUGAAAAGGGAUUAAAAGUCUGUAGGAUUGAUGGUAGUGUGAAAUUAGAAGAAAGGAGAAGACAGAUCCAGGAGUUCAAUGAUGUGAACAGCGAAUAUAGGAUAUUUAUUCUCAGCACAAGGGCAGGUGGCCUGGGUAUCAACCUGACUGCAGCUGAUACCUGUAUACUCUAUGAUAGUGAUUGGAACCCGCAAAUGGAUUUACAAGCCAUGGAUAGAUGUCAUCGGAUUGGACAAACCAAAGCUGUUCAUGUUUACAGACUUGCAACAGCACAAUCCGUAGAGUGUCGCAUUUUGAAAAGAGCUUAUAGUAAGUUGAAGCUUGAGCAUGUGGUGAUUGGAAAAGGGCAGUUUCAUCAAGAACGGAAACCUAGUAAUGACCUCUAUGAGGAAGAGGAUCUACUGGCACUACUUCGGGAUGAAGAAACUGCCGAGGACAAGAUGAUUCAGACAGAUAUCAGUGAGCAGGAUCUGGAGAGGAUUCUGGAUCGCAGCGACCUCAUUGCUGAUUCUGGUGAUGGAGAGAAGGCCAAUGCUACUGUUGAUGCAGUUCCCCUCAAAGGUCCUGGUUGGGAGGUUGUGCUGCCAACUGGUACUGGAGGCAUGCUUUCAACACUCAACAGUUAACAGUGCAUAUUGUUGAUGCAGAGCAAUGCCGACUGCCGAUUUUACCUCUUUUGAUUUUUGUGGUUGAGCUGAAAAAUAGCUCUAAGGAAAAGCUCUCUUUUCUAUUCAACUGCGGAUAAUUGGAAUGUCUGAGGGAGCUGAUUUUGAAAAUGUCCGUGUGCAUGAUCGGUAGAACUACAAAGUAGAAAUAGGUAACGUUGAUUAUUGAUUAAUCAAUUGUUUAACAAUCCAAAACCUAAGCAAAUGGUCCUUUUGAGGUAAAUUCCAGUGUAGGGAUCUGUUAAAGGCUGAUGCUGUUUUCAUGUAGUUUCUUAUUUUUAGUUUUAUUUAGUUGUUACGCUGGAAAUUGGCAUGUGCUAAUUUUUAUGUUUUCAAAUAAAACCGACAUGCCCUGGCUCGUCCUCAGGAGGACAAAAAUAUUCCGUUGCCGGGAAUCGAACCCGGGUCUCCUGGGUGAAAGCCAGACAUCCUAAACCGCUGGACGACAACGGAUUUGUGAUUUUA